UCCACCGCCAGCCGCUCCCAUCGAGUAGUGAUCCCGCAGGAAGGUCAGGCGGAUCGGCUACCCCACUCCAGCGCAGCACGGUCGCGGGGGAGGCGCACGGAUGGCGGCCCGCGGCCUCCUCCUCCACAGUCUCAGCUACUCCGCCUCCGCCUUCGCCGCCGCCGAGGACAUGGUCAUCUCCUCCCUCCGCCUCCUCCCUUCCACUCCCCUUGCCAACCCACCUCCACUCCCCACUCAUCCCCAAUGUAUCGACCUCCCUCCAGACCCCUGUCCACCACCUCCGCCGCCGCCGACCGCCCUGCUCCUCACCGCCGCCGACCGCCUCCGCGGGGUAUUCCUCCGCAAGCCCCUAGGUCGCGCCUCGCUCCACCGGGCGCUCUCCUCCACGGGCCUCGAUGCCGCCACUGCGCUCUCGCCGGAGGUUCUCGCCGAUGUCGUCAACGCCGGCGAUCUCGGCGGCGCUGCCACCGUCGCCUUCUUCGACUGGGCGGUCACCAACUCCAAUCCGCGCCCAUCCGUCCACACCUGCAACAUCGUCAUCAGGGCAUUAGGGAGGAAGAAAUUCUUCGGUUUCAUUGACGAUGCCCUGCAAAUCAUGCGCAGAAAUGGCAUCUUCCCAGACCUGACCACACUGGAGAUCAUUUUGGAUAGCCUAAUUGCCGCCAGGCAUGUCAGCAGGGCUGUUGAAGUGCUCAGUACUGACCAAUUUGGAUUUAGAAUUGGGAAAGCUUGCUACAGAAAGGAGGCACUUAAUAUCCUCAUGGGUUGCCUUUGCCGGAGGUCACAUGUAGGCCUUGCCAGUUCGCUCUUGCAAGCUGCUCGAAAGGAGUUACUUGGUCUCGAUAACCAUGUGUACAAUGAUGUGAUGGGUGGCUUGGCAAGGAUCGGGAGUGUUGAUAAGAUGCAGGAGAUUUGGACAAAGAUGCAGGAGGAUGGUCUGGUGCCAGAUGAAGUCUCACACUGCCAUCUUAUUGAGGCCUUGGGUAGAGCAGGGCGGACUGAGGAUGCACUCAGGGUGUUUGAGAAUAUGGUACAUGAGAGAUAUGGUCCAACUACUAUGGCCUACAAUGCACUUAUUUUCAAUUUUAUCUCCAUUAGGGAUUUGGACAUGUGCAUCAAGUACUACAAGGAUAUGUUGGACAAGAAUUGUCUGCCAAACAUUGACACAUACUUCAAGAUGAUUAAAGCCUUUCUGAAAGAGCGAAGGGUGGCUGAUGCACUCCAAAUGUUUGAGGACAUGUUGGCUCGAGGAGUUCUGCCAAAUACCGGGGUGAUAACACAAUUUAUCGAGCCAUUGUGUACAUUUGGACCGCCUCAUGCUGCUUUGAUGAUUUACAAAAAGAGUAGGAAGGCUGGUUGUGUAAUAUCCUUGAAAGCUUACAAGCUUUUGCUCAAAAGGCUUGCUAAAUUUGGGAAGAGCGGAAUUGUUUUGAACAUAUGGGAAGAGAUGCAAGAGUGUGGAUAUCAACCUGAUAAAGAGAUUUAUGAGUUUAUUGUAAAUGGGCUUUGCAAUGUGGGCAAGGUUGAUGCAGCUGUGUCUGUGGUGGAGGAAUCACUUCGGAAUGGCUUCUGUCUUGGGAGGAUUGUUUACAGCAAACUGAACAACAAGCUGUUAGAAUUGGACAAAGUUGAGACCGCAUAUAAUCUAUUCAAGAAAGUCAAAGAUGCACGAGCACUUGCUCACUCACGAAAUUAUUGUCGUGCUAAUGGUUGGCAUUCCUGAAUCCUGACUCCUGAGCAUAAUCAGUUUGUGUUUGAAUGGUAUAUCUUUGCUAUUCCGCUGGCUGGUGACUGGUGAGAGGCAGAGAGCAGUUUUAUAUGCAUUUCUGUCACAAACAUGAUGAAGCUAAAUCUCUAAAUUAGCAUGGUGAAAGGUACAAGGCUCUAAAGUUAAAAGGAAAAAGACAGCUGGAAUAUGAAUGUGAGAACUUGGGUCCUGCAGGAAAUUGCAGAGGAAGCUGUAUACAGUAUCCUGAGGUUACCAUUUUAUCCUAUAUCUUUUUACUUGAACUCAUCAUUUUACAUCUAUGCAAAUAGUCACAUAUCUGUUAUCCGGCCUAUCUUGACAUGGAAAAUAUCCAUGAGAUCUACAAAAUUCAAUGCUAAUGCUAGCUGCAUCAUUUUUUUUUAUUUAAUUUAAAAUGACCUCUAUCUAAUGGUUUUUCUUUUAGUUACUGCAGGUUUGAAAGCACAUAGUCUCUAGGUAUUUUCUCUUCUUGUCAAGCCUUUUCUUUUUGUUAUGGAGGAUAUAUUUCUACUUUUUUGUGCGCUUACUUCUCAGCAAUAUUUGGGUAAAUAUUUCAUGGACUCUAUACAUUGUGUAGUGCAUACUGAAAGACUAGCUGAAAUGAUGUAUGUUAGUGUUAUGGGCAGUCGGCUGGGCCGACUGGGCUGGGUUAGGGUUAGAAAUAAGAUUAGAUAUCUUGCUUAGGGGCAAGUAAGCCUCUCUAUAUAAGGAGGGGAUGUAUCAAUGAAAGGCAAGCAAUGAAGAGAAAUCAAUCUAGUCCCAAUCCCCAAUCUAAGUCUACUCCCAGUCUAAGCAGUUGUCACCGCCCGGGUAUCCUCUCUACUGAUGUUUACCUCCUUGAUGAACUAAGGUUCAUAACAUCUAAAUUGUUAGAUAUCUACCAUUUACUUUGCUUUACUAGCCUGCAUUGAGAAUUUGACUUCGUAAAAUUUAGUGAUAUUCCCAGAAAGUUCGGUAUCCUCAUUCUUGUAAUGACUUGUUACACUGCAGAUUCCGAUGUUGCAGAUUGAUUAACUUUAGUUCACUUAUGUUGCUUAAUGGACAAUUCAAAGAAUUAUUGAAAAUCUCCACCCAUAUUUAUUACUCCCUCGUUCCCAAAUUAUUAGUCAUUUUGGCUUUUCUAGGUGCAUAGUUUUUGUUAUGCAUCUAGAUAUACGCUUUGGCUUUUCUAGGUGCAUAGUUUUUGUUAUGCAUCUAGAUAUAAAUAUGCAUAACAAAAACUAUGCACCUAGAAAAGCCAAAACGACUAAUAAUUUGGGACAUAGGGAGUAGUUCAAAUCCUAUUGAAGCUUGACUUUUGUAAUUUCAGUCUGCUUAUUAGUUCAAAACUACACAUAUUGUUUUUGCUGAAUAUCUCCAUUAUCGAUCAGUUCUAUAUGUUUUUCCCCUCCAGGCAUCUGAUUGUUUCCUAGCAUAGUCCAUUAUGUUCCAUUUACAAUUACUGAUAAGUGGAAGUCCUUGGCUAGAAUAUUUUACACAUCUUGUUGGGCAGGCUAAUAGCUGUUUUUAUUUUGCAUUAGAGAUCAUGGUGUGCCUUAAUAUGUUACAGAGAAAAAUUAAGUAGAGACUGAGAAGUGCCAUGUUACAGGAUUGUGAACACCAAGGUUAUUUCCCUUCUUCAAGUAAAGAUUUAGUAUUCUGUAAGGAAGAUCUGAUCAUAUUGCAUCUUCACCUGUAAAUAUAAGUAUAGGCUCAAUGAAUUAAUGUAUGUUAUUGUCUUCUGC